CCGUAUAUAAAUAGCAAUCGUAAACAUUUUCCCAUCAAUUACGAUGCAAGACCAAAGCGGUGAAAAUUUCGCAUACGGCCGAUGGCUCUCUACUCCAGCUCCCGGCGAUGAGGUCGUCAUUUCAGGACUUUCGGGACGUUUCCCGUCUAGUCACAACGUGGAAGAGUUCCGGAAAAACCUCUACAAUAAAAACGACAUGAUUUGCGACGUGGACGAGCGCUGGGUUUGCAAAAAUGACGAGAUCCCUAAACAAGGAGGAAUUAUCCCGGGGAUUGGGUACUUCGAUCCUGGAUCGUUUGGAAUCCCUUAUAGACAAACGAAACGAUGUGAUCCCGCCUUAGCCAACUUCCUGGAAGUUGCAAUUGAGGCGAUUCUAGACGCUGGGAUUAAUCCCAGAGAUUUGGAAGGGAGUAAAACUGGGGUUUUUGUUGGGUACAGUUGGUCCGAAACUGAGGCUUCCUUGGGCGAUCUGGAUAUAAAGAAUCGGAUGUUUUUGACCAGUACCAUGAGGAGUUUUAUACCAAACAGGUUGAGCUAUUUUUUGAAGUUAAAAGGGCCAAGCUAUGUGAUCGAUACAGCCUGUAGUAGUUCACUUAAUGCCUUGGAAAAUGGAUUCAAGGCUAUUAGGAGUGGAUUAUGUGAUAAUGCUCUAGUUGGGGGUUGUAACCUAAUUUUAAACCCAAAUAUGACGCUCCAAUUUGCCCGCUUUGGUGUUUUGAGUAAGUUUUGUCGUUGCAAAGUCUUUGAUGAGGAAGCUGGAGGUUACGUUCGAAGUGAGACAAUUGGUUGCAUUUUGCUUCAAAAAUCGAAAAAUGCCAAAAGGAUUUACUCCCAAGUACUUCAUGCCAAAGUCAACAGUGAUGGUUACAAAGAGGAAGGUUUACAUUUCCCCUCAAAUAUAAUGCAAUCCCAACUAAUCAAAGAAGUUUUGCUUGAAAGUGGCCUUAAUCCCUCACAACUUUCCUACUUGGAAUUGCACGGAACCGGUACCAAAGUAGGCGAUGUCCAAGAAGUGACAGCCAUUGAUAGGACACUAGUUUUAACCAAACCGUUACCAAUCGGUUCGGUUAAAUCAAAUUUAGGGCACGCAGAAUCAGGUUCUGGCAUGGCAUCGAUCAUUAAAGCCAUUCUGGCAAUGGAACUAGAUCAAAUCGCCCCAAACAUCAACUUCAAAAAAAUUAAACCAGACUUAAAACCAAUCAUUGAUAAAAAAUUCCACAUUGUAACUGAUGUUACACCACUUGGUGCCACCUCACAGUACGUAAUCGGAGUCAACAAUUUCGGUUUUGGAGGCAAUAAUUGUCACACAAUCCUUAAAAGUUUGACUGGGCACGAAACACUUCCUCAAAAUAAUUUACCAAGACUUGUGUGUGUAAGUGGUCGUACGGAGGAAGCAGUUCGAGUGCUUUUAAACGAUUUGGGAGCCAAAUACAACAGGGAAUUUUAUGCAUUGUUUGACGAAAUCUUUCACAAGUCGAUUACUAGUCAUUUGUACCGAGGGUUUGGUGUUUUUGAACAAGGUGGUACCGUAGAGGUGGCCAUUGGGCCGAUUGUGGACAAGUCAGCUCAGUUUUGUGUCAAUUUUGGAAAAUUUGAAACGACGUGCAAGGAAAUGACAGAGUAUUUUGGAAAUUUUCCGAUUUUCAAGAAAACCGUCUUAUCCUUUAACGAGGUAACCUCAGGACAUGGUACCCCAAUCCUAAACCAACUAUCUUUCGGAAUUGGUUUAAUCGAACUAAUCAAACAUUUGAACCUUGAACCAGUAGCCACAUGGGACAAUUCCGUAGGCAAACUCCUUUCAGGAUACUUGGAUGGUACUUUAAGCCUUAAGGACGUAGUUGAAGGUUCAACCAAUGGUAUUUCACCCGUUUUGAAAAACCCGAAACUUGAUCGCUACUUGAAACACUUAGAAAUGAACCAAAAUCGUCCAUUUAACCCCAAUUCGAUUAUUUUGGACGUUUCUGACAGUGGUUUAGGCCAAAACCCUGACAGAUUUUUAUCAAUUUUGGGCCAAUUGUACCUUAAAGGGUACGACCUUGAUUUACGCAAUUUGUACCAGAAAGUAGAGUUUCCGGUAAGUCGUGGUACUCCAAUGAUUUCGCCGUUGGUCAAGUGGUACCAUGAGCAAUGUUUCUACAAUACAGUUUAUAAAGAUGUGAGGCGAUCAGGAGCUGAUUUUAACUGGACUUUGGAUGAAACCACUGGUUAUCUGGGCGGUCAUGUGAUCGAUGGUCGCAAUUUGUUCCCAGCAACUGGCUAUUUGAACAUAGUUUGGGAAUAUUUAGCCAAACAGUUUUCAAUGAGUACUGAAUACCUUCCAGUGGUUUUCGAAAAUUGUAAAUUCGUUCGUGCCACAACAAUCAGCGAUUUUUUGUCGUUUUCGGUCACGAUUCAAAAAAACGGUGAUUUUGAAGUGAUGGCUAAUGAUAGUGUUGUGGUAACUGGACGUGCUACCAUACCUGAAACGAAUUUUUUCACCGAUUUGGCGCCUUUGAAAUUAUCUGAUGAUCCGAAAUUGGUUUUGGACAAAACUGAGAUUUAUAAGGAGUUGCAUUUACGCGGCUAUAAUUACACAGGGUUGUUCAAAGGUAUCGACAAGUGUAACGUUGAUGGUUCGGCUGCGUUGAUCAAGUGGGAAAACAACUGGGUCACUUUUAUGGAUAAAAUGCUUCAAAUGAAAAUACUUGAAAUGGAUUCGAGACUCUUGUAUGUUCCUGUGGGAAUCAGAAAAAUUGUUAUUGAUCCCAAGAAACAUUUAGAGGAGCAGGAAGCAGUCAUGAAAGUUUCGUCGUAUCACAAGUGCAAUGUUCUGAAAUGUGGAGGGAUCGAAAUAAGUGGGCUUCAAGCAAGUCCGAUCUCACGUCGUAAAGUGACACUUGAGCCGGUCCUGGAGACAAAUAUUUUUGUCCCGAAUGAUUUUACGACCGAUUUGAGUCAAUCAGUUCGAAUCAACACUCAAAUAAUCCUCGAAGAGUCGCUCGAUAUUAAUUUCAAAGCGUUGGAAAUCCAUGACGAGUUUUCGCCACCAGAUACUUUUAUAAUGCCUUUGGUGUUUAAUGCCCUUGAGGACGUACCUUUGGUACAACCCGACUUAACCAUUUCGACCAAAAGCCCAGUUCAGGAAAGCCCUGGUGUGAAAAUCACCUCAGAUGGGCUCACACCUAGCAAUUUUCUCUUAAUUGUUGGCUCAAAAUUGCUCCAACGUGCCUCUUUUCUCAACCAGAUUUUGGCCUCAUUGAGUCCGCAUGGGUUUGUUUUAAGUCGCGAGGAUUUGUCUUACGUUCCGGAAAAUAGCACGAAAAUCUCAAUCCUGACCCAACAUUGCAUCGGAAAUGAGAAAUUGAUACUUUUCCGGAAGUUUGAAUCAAACGAACGGCUUGUGGUUGAGUUGAGUUCAAGUCAAUGGAUGUCUCAACUGAAGCAAGCUUUAAAGACCAAAAAUGAGACACUUGUCGUGAGCCAAAAGAACCAAAUUGAGGGAAUUUUAGGAUUUGUUAAUUGUGUGAGGAGAGAACCUGACGGGAGGAAAAUUCGGUGUGUUUUUAUCAUGGAUCAAGCGCCUGCUUUUGAUCCCAAAAACACCUUCUACAGCCAACAAAUUAGUAAAAAUCUGGCCUUCAAUGUUUAUAAAAAUGGAAGUUGGGGGACGUACCGACAUUUACGUCUUGAAGAAAACUUGGACAGUUUUAAGGAACACUCAUUUAUCAGUGUUACGAAUCGAGGCGACCUUUCCAGCAUGAGGUGGUUCCAAGGCCCACUUUCGACACAAAAUAACGAAAAAAAUUUGAUUUAUACUCAUUAUUGUGCUAUCAAUUUCCGUGAUGUGAUGACUGCGUCCGGACGUAUUACUUUGGCAACAGAACGAAUCAAUCAAGAGACCAUUGAAGGAUUUGAGUUUAGUGGAAAAGAUUCAAAAGGUAACCGUUUUAUGGGCAUGAUCAAUAAUGGAGCUUUAUCAACUUUGAUUGAUUCUGAUCCGAAUUUGACUUGGAUGGUACCACCUGAAUGGUCUUUGGAAGAAGCAGCCACAGUACCAGUGGUUUACUCAACUGUGAUUUAUGGUCUUUUGAUGCGUUCGAGUUUGAGUGCUGGUACUUCAAUUCUGAUCCAUUCUGGCACUGGUGGUGUAGGUCUGGCGGCCAUUAAUGUGGCACUUGCCCACAAAUGCAUCGUUUUUGUGACUGUUGGUACCAAAGAAAAACGCGAUUUUCUCAAGAAAAACUUUCCGGAAAUUCCUGAGAGUCACAUUGGGAAUUCCAGAGAUGUUUCGUUCAAAGAAAUGAUUUUGAAAGAAACUCGAGGUCGUGGCGUUAAUGUCGUUUUAAAUUCCUUGUCUGAAGAGAAAUUGAAAACUUCGAUCCAGUGUUUGGCAAGAGGUGGCAAAUUUUUGGAAAUUGGCAAAUUCGAUUUAGUUAAUAACAACUCGCUUCAACUUUUAUUGUUGGAGAAGGAGGCGAGUUAUCAUGGAAUUAUGUUGGAUUCGUUGUUUAAAGAACCAGCAGAAGUGAAAUUAAAACUUUACAACAAGUUUUGUGAGGGUGUUAAAAAAGGUUACGUUAAACCUUUGCCAAGAACUGUUUUUGAAAGUGCGAAUGUUGAGGGUGCUUUCCGGUACAUGACCACAGGGAAACACAUAGGAAAGGUUUUAGUCAAGAUUAGGGAAGAUAAUCAGGAGAAAGCUUCAAUUCAGUGUCUGCCUAAAUUCUGGGCUGAUCCAAGCAAAUCCUACAUAAUCCUAGGUGGCUUGGGCGGUUUUGGCUUAGAAUUAGCCGAUUGGUUGGUCUUGAGAGGAGCUCGAAACCUCGUCUUAACUUCAAGAACUGGCGUCCAAACCGGUUAUCAAACGCAACGAAUCAAAAUCUGGCAAUCAUACGGCGCUCGCGUCAACAUUUCCACAAUCACCAUUUCGUCAAAAGACGAUUGCGUCAAAUUGAUACAAGAAGCCACAAAGUUGGCUCCAGUUGACGCAAUUUUCAACCUCGCUGUUGUCCUAAAGGACGAAUUAUUCGAAAACCAAACCGAAGAAAAUUUCCGGAUUUCUCUCACACCGAAAGCUUUCGCCACCAAAUAUCUGGACCAAGUCUCGAGAGAUUUGUGUCCGAAUUUGCGAUUUUUCGUCGUGUUUUCGUCCGUUUCCUGCGGACGUGGAAACAUAGGACAGAGCAAUUAUGGCAUGGCCAACUCGAUCAUGGAGCGAGUUUGCGAAAAAAGAAAAAGUGAAGGGUUUCCAGCCUUGGCCAUCCAAUGGGGAGCAAUUGGAGACGUCGGCCUUGUUGCCAAAAUGCAAAAAGACAACAAAGAACUAGUAAUUGGAGGAACUCUCCAACAGAAAAUCUCCAGCUGUCUUAACGUCAUGGACCGCUUCCUAAACCAAGACAAUCCAGUGGUUUCGUCAAUGGUUGUGGCAGAAAAACGCGAUAAGAGACUCGGCAGUGAAAGUGCCCUUGACGUUGUCGCCACUCUUUUAGGCAUCAAAGACAUGAAAACAAUCAGUCAACAAUCAACUUUAUCCGAACUUGGAAUGGACUCAAUGAUGGGAAACGAAAUUUUGCAAACACUCGAAAAAGAAUUCGAGAUUUUUAUCACACCCAAAGAAUUAAGAAACCUAACAAUUGCCAAGCUGAGUGAAUUAGGCAAGGAAGAAUCAAACAAAACCAAACAAGAGGAAAAAAAUGUCCAAACCGGAAUAAACCUAAUCCAAUUUAUUCCCGAAAAUACAACUGAACCUUUACUACAGUUGAAAAAUUGUCAUAACGGAACGAAAAUUUUUGUCAUGCCUGGAAUUGAAGGUGUUUUAAAAUUGCUAGAACCACUAGUCAAAAAUUUGGACGCACAAGUCUUAGGUUUACAAUACAUUGGGCAAAAUUCCAACACGAUACGAAAAAUAGCCCUGGAAUUACUACCAAUCGUCCAAAGCCAUUUACAAGCAAACGAACGAUUUUUCUUGAUUGGUUAUUCAGUUGGUGCGAUUGUAGCCCUUGAGUUAGCUUUACUCCUUGAAGAAAACCACCACACCGGUUCCAUUUUCCUAAUCGAUGGUUCUCCUCAUUACAUGCAGACACUUCUCCACCAAAUUGAUACCGAAAAUAAUCUCGAAACUACAAUCCUCUGUAGCACUUUAUCCCACUUAUUACCACACAGCGUUAUCCAAGAAAAUAAAGAAAAAAUCGCAAAUUGUAGCAACUUUGAGCAAAGAGUUGCCAUAGCUUUAGCACUAGUACCACGCGAAUCGCCAGCGUACCAAAAAAUGAAUCUCCAAGUUUUGGCAAAAGUUUACAAUAGAUGUAAAGCAGUUGCCAGUUAUACUUUUGCUGGGAAAAAAUUGAAAUCUACUGUGAAAUUGUACAAAGCUGAGACGCCAAUUGUUCACGUUGAUGAUUACAAAGUGGAUGAUUUUUGCGAGGGAAAAGUUGAGGUUUUGACGAUUCGUGGCGAUCAUGGCACGAUUCUGGGACAAGCUGAACUUUACAAAGAUAUUAAUAAAUUAAUUCGUUGUUGAAUAAUUUUUGUACGAAUAAAACCGAGUGUGAAAGAC